GGGGGGCAGAUAGAUUGUCCCAAAAUCAAAAUCAAGUUGACCUAAUGCUAUAAUCAGAAUAGGAUCACAAAUUUUAAUGUAUAACAUAGUAAUACACUUUUACAUAAUAGGAAGAGAGAAAUUUGUGCUUUUCUGGGCAGAUAGAUUGUCCCAAAAUCAAGUUGACCUAUAGAUAUGAUCAGAAUAGGAUCACAAAUGUAUAACAUAGUAAAACACUUUUACAGAAUAGGAAGAAAGAAAUGUGUGCUUUUCUGACAUGGAUUACAAUAAUUUCAUUGAGAUUCCAACUUAAAUAUUUUAAGGUGAACAACUUUUAAAUUCUGCAAUUAUAUUUUUCACAACAGUGAGAAGCAUGAAACUGGUUUCUUUUCCAACAUUUUGAAAUUUAGUUAGCACUCCUUUUUAUCAAACGUCUUAGCCAAGUGCUCAUCGGAUAAGGCUACUUUGUAAAUAGAUUUCACAAUUCCAAGAUUUUGAGCUUUGUCCAACUCAAAGGUUCUGAGCAAUUUAUUUUUCCAUCUCUUUGAAAAUGUUCUCCCCUAAUGUUGUCACAUCCAUUCUAUGCAGAGAUGCUAAUUCUUGUGUGAUUUCAAAACCCCUUGACUUGUAGGACAGAUAAAAUGAGGUUGCGGGCCAGAUGUGGCUCGUGGGCCCAUGUUUGUCGACCCCUAGUCUAUGCCAUUGCCUCUCACGGUGGUAGUCUGUGUACCAGUACUGGCGUUCAUACCACUGCUUCUCAAAGUGGCAGUCUGUGUACCAGUACUGGCGUUCAUACCACUGCUUCUCAAAGUGGUAGUCUGUGUACCAGUACUGGCGUUCAUACCACUGCUUCUCAAAGUGGCAGUCUGUGUACCAGUACUUGCGUUCAUACCACUGCUUCUCAAAGUGGUAGUCUGUGUACCAGUACUGGCGUUCAUACCACUGCUUCUCAAAGUGGCAGUCUGUGUACCAGUACUGGCGUUCAUACCACUGCUUCUCAAAGUGGUAGUCUGUGUACCAGUACUGGUGUUUAUACCACUGCUUCUCAAAGUGGCAGUCUGUGUACCAGUACUUGCAUUCAUACCACUGCAUACUGACACAAGUCUAGGAAUAUUCUGUAGUCUGUCCACAAAUAGAACAAUUUUCAUUAAAUUAGGCAGCAGAGUGGAUGAAUACCUGCAGUCCCGCUGCAAAGUUUAAGAAACUCUGGUCUUUACAACACUCCACCAUGGAAAGUACCGAUACUUGAGGAAACUUUAUUGUUUAAUAUAUUAAUGCCAGUUUCUGCCACCCACUUUUGAGUGGAUAAUAUCUUGUUCAGAUGCAAUGUAUGAUGUCAUCCUAGUGGAUUGUUGAUAUGUAUGAUGUCAUCCUAGUAUAUUGUUUUUAGAUGUAUGUCAUCCUCAAAUCUCAUUGUUCAGAUGAAUGAUGUCAUCCAAAUAUCUCAUUGUUAAGAUUUAUGAUGUCAUCCUAAUAUCACAUUGUUAAGAUUUAUGAUAUCAUCCUAUUAUCUCAUUGUUAAGAUGUAUGAUGUCAUCCUAAUAUCUCAUUGUUAAGAUGAAUGUCAUACUAAUUUUUUUUUUCAGAUUUAUUUUGUUCUAGUACCUUAUAUUGAGAUAUGUGUCGUCCUAAUAUUUCGUUGUUCACAAAUUUUUUGCAUUUGUUUGUUGUUUUUUUUCAUUUUCAAUCUUGAGCAAAUAUGAUUGAGUUCAUUUUUCUAAAUUCAUAUCACCUGAUAUUUCACAGCAAACAGAGUGACAGUUCUCACAAUUUCAUUUCACUUUUGUGUCCCUAUAAAUAUAGUGGUACCAGUAGUUCAUAGAAAUCAAUAACAUUUACAAAGAUUAAAUUGAAAGAUUUUCAGAAAUUAUCCAGG